UCUCCGGGCAGAAUUGUAGUGCUGUUCAUUCAUGUAGCUACAUUUUCCGCUCCUCCUGGAAGUGUUAGCGCUCAUGUGAUGUACACAUUCUAGGCGCGGUCGACCAUGAGGCAGCAUAGACCCUCUACGUGGCCUAUAUAUUCCUCGCAAUUGGUCUUGACCCAGAUAGGUCGGUUACCACCCUACCGUUGCUCAUGUCAACUACUCGAGUUGCCAGUGGGUACUCACAGUCCGUCAUAUUCACAACCUGCCCCGGGCGAGAGCUUUUUCAACGGCCUCCCACGGAAUUGGGAGGUUCCGACGUCCCCUAGUAUUUCGAAGUACAUCUUCAAAAUAUGCUGCUUUAUAUUUACCUGGCGCGGCGAUUUGAAGUGGUUGCACGACCUCUUGAAAGAUGGAAACAACUGGGAAGAACUGCAUCAGCAAUAUCUGGCCCAGCUCAAUCAAGUGAGCACGGUGCAAGGACUCGUGCUUGCUACUGCGGCUGUUUUUAUCUCCUCAAAUCCACCGCUUGCGAGAGAUGUCAACUACACAUCUGAUGCAUCUUAUGCUUGUUUGGCGGAAUCGCUUGUCUUUUCGUUGUUCGGGUUAUUGUUCUGCCUGAAGGUAUCUGCCUCUGGAAUGCUUUUUCAAAAACGUAGUGCUGCAGAAAUCAUAAUUCAGAGACGCUGGAGAAUAUUCUGGCACUUACUGAGUUUAGCUGUGCCAAUCAUUAUCUUUGUCAUAUCAGUGAUACUUUUACUCAUAGGUAGGCAAUUCACCUCGUGAUGCGUGGUCGCGACUUACACUCAUCAUCAGCCAUCGUGUUCACGGGGUUUGCAUCUCACUCCGGAACUGUCCAACUUUAUAUGAGCAUAACAUUUGCUUUCCUUGCCACCUGUCAUUUGGUGUCGACCAUUGGUUCACCAUUCUACCACCAUUUUUCGAACGUAUUCGUCGAGAUUAUUCGCAAAAUGAGUGGUGGUAAAGAACCUCAGAAGGUGGGCGAAGCUUGAGCAUUGGGAGGUCCUGCAAAGGUACUGGCAGGUGUUCCAUCGAUUACUCUGCGAGGACAACUUCGCAUUUAGCGAUGGAGGCACUGCACACUACAACAACCACUUCCACUGUUUCGACGCUGCACGGAUUAUUUUCCUUUUUCAUACAC